GUGACAGGCAGAGAGGUUGCCGCAGCCAAGCCUUUGGGAUAGUGGGUUGGGCAUCAUAAGCCUGGGGCGGGGCGUUGCCAAUUUAUUGCGGCCUUCUUGCCUGUCAACAGCUUCUUGCCGCUGUUGUAUCCCGGAAUUGACUGAUAAAUCUGACAAAGACAGGAUUCAAAUAUGAAUGACAAGAUGUUUGAGACGAUGUUCCAGCUGCGCUUCUGCGCCAAGCAGAUGGAGCGCAUGUCGAAGCGCGCCGAGAAAGACCAAAAGAAGGAGCAGGCCAAGGUGAAGCGGGCCCUGCAGAAAGGCUCCGUGGAGAGCGCCCGGAUCUACGCGGAGAACGCGAUUCGGAAGAAGAACGAGAGUCUCAACUACCUGCGCAUGGCGGGCAAGGUGGACGCGGUGGCUUCCCGCACGCAGAGCGCCAUGGCGAUGCAGGGGGUGACCAAGAACAUGGAAGGCGUGGUGAAGAACCUGGACAAAGCUCUCAACUCGAUGGACAUUGAGAAGGUGUCGUCGGUGAUGGACAAGUUCGAGAAGCAGUUCGAGGACUUGGACGUUCGAAGCAGCGUCCUGGAGGACGCCAUGGGCUCGACCACCGCCACCUUCACACCCCAGGGCCAGGUCGAUUCGCUGAUUCAGCAGGUAGCGGACGAGGCCGGCCUGGAGGUGUCCGGACAGCUGGGUGGCGUCUCCAUCCCGACCUCUAUCGGAGAGCGCAGCGCCGCACAGGAGGACGAUCUCUCCAAAAGGCUGGCGGCGCUGCGUGAGUGAGGCGACGCCCUCCGGACGGCCGAGUCCUGCUCGGCCGGAGGCUGCUCCUGACCCGGCCCCGUUCGGACCGGGGUCGCCUGAGCUGCACCUGCCGGCCAGGAGCUCCUGAUUCGACCACUAUCGCUGCGCGCUGAUGAUGUACGACCCUGUUCGCGCUCGCGGCCGAUGGCGGCUGCUCGGGCGGAAGGGAGACCGCCUGAUCCAGCCGCCGCUCCGGUGGAGACCGUCCGAUCCGGACGGUGCUCGGAGGCGGGCGCGUGAUGCGAAGGUCCCUGCUUCGACGAGGAGCGCGUGAAACGCGUUCUCCUUGGUCCUGAUGCAGAAAGGACCUCCCGGAGGAGCGCACAUGCCGCCUUCGUGUUCUUUGGACUAACCUGGGCGUUGUGGCAGGUCGAAUGAGACGCUCCGCGCAGGUCACGUGACCAUUAAUUUAGUGUGAACGGAGUCUGCGCGAGUUGUUAGUUUGCUGCGUACGUCACAUGUGCGGGUGAUGCCUGCAUGCUGGGAACUUCUCCCAGCUUGCACUUGCUUUUUUGCACGCUAAGCUCCGCAGUCAGGUUAUGGUGUAGGCUCGUGCUUGCCGUGUCUGGGGAUCUGUCAGCAAUCAGCUCUGAGCCCGUCCCAGGUCCAGCAUCCCCCCCCCGUCCCCCUGGACCGGACCUUUGGAAGCGCUGAACUCUGGCCAAUGAGGGCAGCCAGCUCGAAGUGACGUAGGUCGUUAUCGGACAUCAAGCCAUUGUUAGCACUUAUUCUAUAAUACAUACUUCUAUUGUAAAUGUAUUUCCGCAUCCAAGGAAAGUGACGCUGGUCUGCAGUCUAGCAGCCGCUCGUCGCGGACUGGAGGGGACGACAUCUGACUUUGGAGUGAGUGGUCGGCUCGAUUGCGAGGGAUUCCAUCCCCUCGCAUCCAACCACUGCGAUCAAACCCUGAAACGGAUCGUUGCUGCCUGUCCGUUUGUCGAAAAUCCUGGUCAACGCUUUCGUGGACCGCAGAAGAGCAA